AUGAGGAAGAAGUACAUCGGCGUGUCAUGGCGGAGCUGGGACGGGGACUGGAGGGUCUACAUCAAUGGCAACCCCUCGGACGGAGGGAAAGGCCUGUCAGUGGGCACCACCAUCCCAGGUGGAGGGGCGUUGGUGCUGGGCCAGGACCAGGACCAGAGGGGCGAGGGCUUCAACCCCGUGGAGUCCUUCGUAGGGUCCCUCAGCCAGCUCCACAUCUGGGACCGGGUUCUCGACCCACAGCAAAUCAAAAUACUAGCCAACACCUGCCCGGGGAACAACAUCAGAGGCAAUGUCCUGGCGUGGCCUGACUUCCUCAAUGGAGUGGUGGGGAGAGUCAAGACUAACCGCGACUGCAUAUUCUGUGCUGACUGCCCCCUGCUAGAAAAUGCUGUGCCUCACCUGCGUGCGUCCAGUCCAGCUGUCAGCCCCGGCUCUCAGACGCAGCUGUCCUGUGAUCCCGGCUUCUACCUGGUGGGGGAGCCGCUGCUGCAGUGUCAGAACAGGGGAGAUUGGAGUCACGCCCUGCCCCGCUGUGAACGAGUGACAUGUGGUCCCCCUCGGCCCCUGGAGCAUGGUCUAUUCCAGGGUUCCGACUACCACGCAGGCAGCACUGUGGUGUACCAGUGUAACCCUGGCUUUUACCUGCUGGGGGACGCCAAGGUUCUCUGUACCAACAGUGGGAAGUGGGGAGGAAACCCACCAGCCUGCCUGGAUGUGGAUGAGUGUGCUUUGGGCUCAGACUGCAAUGAACACGCCAGCUGUCAGAACACAGAUGGCUCUUAUACCUGCAACUGUAUCCACCCCUACACCGGAGACGGGAAGAACUGCACAGAGCCAGUAAAGUGUGCGAACCCUGGGGCGCCAGAGUUCGGUUACCGGGACGGCAGUAACUUCUUGAUGGGAAGUGAGGUUGUGUUCAGCUGCGAGGACGGUUACGAACUGAUUGGCUCAUCGCAUGUCCAAUGCCUGGAGACAGGAAGCUGGAAUGGUGUUUUCCCAUAUUGUAGAGCCCUCUCCUGUGGACGGCCCUCUGUCCCAGAGAACGCUGUGAUGAUGGGGACCAACUUCACGUUUGGAAGCAAGGUGACUUUCAGCUGUGUUACGGGGUUCGUCCCAGGUGACACCUAUGAUAUGCGGUGUCAGGCCAGUCGGAAGUGGAGCAGAGCGCCCCCUGCCUGUCAACGAGUCACGUGUGGGGACCCUCCACACGUAGACAAUUCAGAUGUCACCCUCAACGGGAAAACGUACCUGUCCACAGUGCUCUACACCUGUGCAGAGGGAUACAGACUGCAGGGCUCUGAGGAGGUGGUGUGUGAGGCGUCAGGAGAGUGGAGCAGCCCCGCCCCUUUGUGUGCCAGCAUCCACUGUGGAGACCCCCCUGCCCUCCGAGACGCCGCGACCAUCGGGGACGACUACGCCCUGGGCAACAAGGUGCACUACGUCUGCAAAGAAGGAUACACUCUGAUUGGACCAGAGACCAGAGAGUGCCUGUCAACUGGCCAAUGGAGUCCUACCUCCGCUCAGUGUGUCCCCCGAUCCUGUGGCCCUCCCCCUUCCAUAGACCACGCCAUUGCCCAUGCCGGCCACCAGCUCUUUGGCGACAUGGCCAACUACUUCUGCACAGACGGCUACACCGCUGGCAACAAUUCUAAGGUGGUCUGCAACGCCCAGGGAGUGUGGGCACCCCCCGAAGGCAAGGAGGCCCCUCACUGCAUCGCCAAUUUCUGCCAGCGCCCGACUGACCUGCCCCACGCCAUCUUGGACUCCACCAAUAAACCCAAGUAUGCCAGCAACACAGAGGUCAGCUACAAAUGUGAAGAGGGUUUCGUCCUCAACACAACCGCCACGCUGAAAUGCAUGAUUGGAGGGGAAUGGAUGCCCUCGCCGUACGAUGUGGGUUGCGUGCCGGUGCGGUGCUCCAAACCGUCUGGCAUCGAGAGGGGGUAUGUGAGUGGAACCAACUAUAGUUUUGGAGCAAUGGUGGCGUACAGUUGUGAUAAGGGUUUCCUGAUCCGAGGGGAGAAGAGGAGGACAUGUAAGGCCAAUGGAGAGUGGGGAGGGGUCCUACCUGUCUGUCAGCCUGUCUCUUGCCCCUUCCCGCCGCCACUCAAAAAUGGAUUCAUCCAGAACAAAGGCCGUUUCUUCUUCAACAGCAAGGUGACAUACGCAUGCAACGCCGGCUACCGGCUGACGGGCCGUCCGGUGCGACUAUGCCAGGCCAACCGCCAGUGGUCUAACGGCGACUCGCCCGUCUGCCACCUCCUGACCUGCGACCCCCCGCCCAGCAUCCUGCACGGCCAAUACCAAGGCUCUGUCUUUGAGGUGGGCCGCAAGGUCAAAUACGUCUGCGACGAGGGCUACGAGAUGGCUGGCGACGCCGUGUGGACGUGUCUGAAGUACGGCAAGUGGGACAAAUCGAGGCGUCCGCACUGCUCCCCGGUCCAGUGUCCAGAGCCGCCCCUAGAGGAGAACCACCUGGUUCUACAUAGUCUAGACUCUGACUCCGGAACUGUGGAACUGUCCUGCGAGGACGGGUAUGUUCUCCACGGUGCCCGGACCCUCCACUGCACCCCCGCCCAGGAGUGGAAUGACACCUUCCCCGUCUGCAAGCAGGUGUUCUGCGGCCCGCCGCCCGAGGUGGCCUUCGGCGACCCAUCGUCAGCACCGGUGUCGGCCCCGUCCUAUUUCAGCUCGGUGGUGAGCUACUCCUGCAUGGACGGGUUUACUCUGAGGAAGGAGGGGUCUGUGACCUGCCAGGCAGAUGGACACUGGAGCAGCCCUGUCCCAGAGUGUAUACCAGUAGAGUGUCCCCAACCUGUAGAGAUAGCUAACGGUAUAGUGGACGUUCAGGGACUGAUGUAUCUCAGCACGGCCCUCUACAGCUGUAAACCUGGUUACACUUUAGUAGGCAACGCUACAGUACUCUGUGGUGAAAGUGGGUUAUGGAUUGGAGGCGUGCCUUCUUGUCGACCAAUCGAGUGCUCCGUCCCCAAAGAGAUACCCAACGGGAAGAUGGCGUAUACCAAACUGCAGUUCAGCCACGCUGUCACCUACUCCUGUCAGCGUGGUUACCGUCUCCAAGGCCCCGAGACGUUGAAGUGUCUGGCGAACGGGCAGUGGGAUCAAGAAACACCUGUGUGUGUCCAGAUCUACUGCGCCCCGCCCAACCCCAUAGACAAUGGCUUCGUGGAGGGACUCGACCAUAAAUUCGGCGUCACCAUCUUCUACAGCUGUUUCCCCGGCUUCCAAUUGGUUGGCCAGAACCACCUAACCUGCGAGGAGUUCGGUUGGUCUAGUUCUGUCCCAGUCUGUGUUCCCUCCGACUGCGGCCUGCCCCCUCAUAUCGACUUCGGCGACUAUUUGAGACUCUUGGAUCCGAACACAGAGCUAGCCGACAGGGACGCAGCUAUAACACCCAAGUCUAUAGGUGGUGCUACAGUUGCAUUUUCACUCAUGGAUAUACGCUUCCUGCAUGGGACUGUGAUAGUGUACCGUUGCCACAAGGGCUACAAACUUACAGCCCCUACGGCCUUGGUGUGCCUGGAGGAUGGUGGAUGGAAUGGGACGGCUCCGAUGUGUGUCCCUGCAGAGUGUGAGGAGCCGCCAAGCCCGGACCACGGCUCUGUGAACAUCACAGACACAACCCUGGGCAGCCUGGUGAAGUACAGCUGUGAGCAGGGCUACGAGUUAGAGGGGGAGUCAGUCAGACAGUGUGUGGCGGGCCGACAGUGGAGCGAUGUACCGCCUGUCUGCCGACCUAUAAGCUGCGAUGACCCGGGCAACAUUGAUAACGGCUCGAACCACGUGGAUUCCUUCCUGUAUCUGGGGGUGUUGCACUACGAGUGUAAUUCCGGGUUCAACCUGAUGGGCGGCGACACCAGGACCUGUCAGGCAGACGCCAGGUGGGAUGGUGAGAAGCCGUGGUGUGAGCCGAUCUUAUGUGGCUCUCCAGUCGUCCCUAGUGAUGUCACUGUGAAGGGGAAGGAAUAUACGUUUAGCAAGCAGGUUGAGCUGAGCUGUAGGGCUGGAUUGCUCCUACAAGGCCCCUCUGUUAGUGUGUGUCAGGCCGAUGGUACAUGGAGUCAAGGGGCACCUGAAUGCCGCCCAGCAAACUGUGGCAGACCUACAUCCAUCCAAAAUGGUCAAGUCUUGGGCUCGGACUUUGGCUACGGUCAUGAGGUGUGGUACAAGUGCGAGGAGGGGUACAGCCUCAGCGGCGGCAACCCCACACGGUUGUGUCGCGGGGAUGGACUCUGGGGGGAAGGCCCUGCCCCUCGCUGUGACAUCAUUGCCUGUGACCCGCCGCAGGACAUCAGCCACGGGUUCCUCAACGGCUCCAGCUUCAACUACGAUGAUGUCGUAGAGUACGUGUGUUUCGACGGGUACGAGGUCAUCGGAGACCCCGUCCUCCGCUGUUCUGCCCAGGGCCACUGGGUUGGGACGGUACCAGAGUGCCUCCCCUGCCUCUGCACCCCUCCAAUGUUAAAAUACGGGGUGGUGCUGGGGCGCGACCACGCCUGCGGUGACCGGGUCUCCUUCCACUGUGAUGAGGGCUACAAGAUCCUGGGGCCAUCAGCGGCAACGUGUGAGAAAGGCGGGUUGUGGAGCCCAGGUGUUCCUGUGUGUGGCCGGGGGAGGUGCGUGGCCGCUCCGCCUACAAUACCGCACGCUGUCCAGCAGGGCGGCGGCGCCACUGCAGCUGACACAGUCACCUACAGGUGCAGACCAGGUUACCAGAUGAAGGGGUCCUACCCCCAUGUUACCUGUGGUAGGGAGGGCAGGUGGGGGGAGGUGAGGAUCAGCUGUGAGCCCGUCUCUUGUGGAGUUCCAACUCCUGUACCCCAUGCUCAGGUGGUGGGAGAGAUAUUCACUUUUGGGAGCCAGAUACAAUACAGGUGUGAUGAGGGGUAUGAGCUGUCCAGCCAGUCAGACUCUCUGAGCUGUCAGUCUGAGGGCACCUGGUCUAAACAAAGCAUCAGGUGCCGCCCCGCUCCGUGCCUGCUCCCUGCCAACUUCCCCACCCACGUCAUGGUCACAGGGGAGGACCUCACCCCGGUUGGGGGGGUAGUCACCUUCUCCUGCCCAACGGGGUUCAUCCUGCAGGGACCAGGCCUGGCAGAGUGCCAACUAGGUGGUACCUGGUCUCCAGGCCUGUCCUCUGUCUCCUGUGGUCUGGUGGUUUGUGAGAAACCUCCUCUUCUUCCACAUGGCAUCACUGAGGGGGACAGUUACAGCUACGGAGACAUUGUCUUGUACACCUGCCUGCCUGGGUUUGAGAUGAAGGGAGACUCUGUACAGACCUGUCAAGGAGACAGAACAUGGAGUGGGGCUCAGCCUACGUGUGUCACUGUAUCAUGUGGCCCACCUCCCUCUGUGGAGAAUGCAGAGGUACAGACAUCAGACGAAGCGUACCAGGGCAACGCCAGCUAUGUGUGCAACUCUGGCUUACAUCUGGUUGGCCCACAGAACCUCACCUGUCUGGCCAAUGGAACAUGGAGCCUGCCUGCACCAACAUGUAAAGUUGGCCCGGGUUGUGACAUCCCCAAGGAGCUGUUGAAUGGCAGGGUGCAGGAAGAGAACCUGACCACCGGGCGUGCUGUUGCGUUUCAGUGUGAUAAAGGCUACGCCCUAAAGGGGGACACUCUGGUGGUGUGCAUGGGAGACGGGACAUGGAGCUCCACCUUCCCCUUCUGUCAACCCAAGCCGUGUCCCCCUCCCCCGGGAUGGAAGGUGAGCGGUGGGGGUGUGAAUACCUCUAAACAGCUGUUCUACGUGGGCCAGUCGUUACCGUUCGCCUGUCCCAAGGGUCACCAGGCCAAGGGCACCGCCACCAUCACCUGUAGGACAGACCAGACAUGGACCCCAGUCAGCACUGUCUGUGAGAGGGUCUCCUGCGGCCCCCCUCUCCACGUGGCCCACGGGGUGGUGCGGGGGGCGGUGUUCCAGUUCGGGGACGUGGCGGUGUACUCGUGUUUCGGAGGGUACGCCAUGGAGGGCCACAGCAGAAGUGUGUGUCUGGAGAACGGGACCUGGACCCCCCCUCCCGCCUGCAGAGCGGUGUGUUGGCUACAGUGCCUGAACGGAGGGGUGUGUCAGAGACCCAACACCUGUUCAUGUCCCGAGGGGUGGAUGGGCAGACUGUGUGAGGAACCGAUCUGCAUCCUGCCGUGUCUGAACGGUGGGAGGUGUGUGGCGCCCUAUCAGUGUGAGUGUCCCACGGGCUGGAUGGGGACGCGCUGCCACAGCGCGGUGUGCUUGUCGCCCUGUCUGAAUGGUGGAAGGUGUAUCAGGCCAAACCGGUGUCAAUGCAGUCCAGGAUGGAGCGGGCACGACUGCUCGAGAAAAAGAAAAUCUGGAUAUUUUCAUUUUUAAGAAGUCCAUUCAGCGUGAAAGAUCUUGCUCUCGAAUGGGAGUUUUGUAUAAUUAUUUCAUAAUUGUAAACCAUGCAUUCUCUCCUCUCAAAAAACAAACCCGAUACAUUUUGUAAAAUAAAGCUGUAUUUUUUCAUGUAGAAAAUCAACAGUAUUAACUAUAUGCUGCUAUAUACUUGUAUGUGUAAAAACUGUGAUUGUCCAAUGUGUAAACUAUUCUCACAUUUCUAUUAAAGCAGAAAAUACAGUAGAA